AUGGUGGACAAGCAUGGCAUCCGACCAGAUCCAGAUGAUGUAGAAGCAAUUUUGUCUUGGAAUUCACCAAAGACUCAACAUCAGCUAAUGAGCUUUCUUGGUUUCGCGAACUACUAUAGAGAGUUCAUCAAAGGUUACGCGGUCAAGGUAGACCCGAUGCAACAACUCAUGAGACGCAAGGGCAAGAAAUUCACGUGGAACAACGCAGCAUGGGAGUCUUUUCAGAGAAUAAAACGAGAGUUGUAUGAGGCUCCGGUAUUGGGUAAGCCAACAGAGAAUGGCGUGUACGUCCUAGAUACAGACACUUCAGUGGUCGUGACUUCAGGCAUACUCCAUCAAGAGCAAGAGUGGAAUGGCAAGACUGUCUUGUGA